AUGAGUUGGGUAAAAAAUGCGAUCGCCACGAUUCACUCACAGAAAUGUGAAGUCCUACACCAGACGGUAUAUGGAGGAUAUGGGACGAAGCCAGAUAUCUUCUGGGCAGUGGACCCCAGCGACAUGCCCGAGAAUUUCAGGAAGGAUAUUGAGCAGACUUUGAAGGAAGACAGCAGUAGCUCCAGUACCUGCUUCAUCAUACGUAUUGAGACUUUUCCUGCUUUCGAAGACGAGGCUUUGCGAUCUACAGGAAGCCCCGUGGGGUGCCUCAAUAUCUUCAAAGGCACAGAUCCUGCCAACGUUGAGUACUCUCGCGAGAUCAACAUUUAUGAAGAGCGACCCACUUCGCCGCCAAAUGUGUCGUCUCAGGAACAGCUCCAUGAUGAACAUGGAGCCAUUGCACGAACAAUAAGGAGGUUUUCUCUCGCUGUAGGAUUUGGUGACACACCCAAGGAUCAGAGUCAAGCAAGUUCUGGCCUCCUUCAAGACUCAUCCCUCACUCAUCGAAACCAUUCGCCUUCCCCGGACCGACGUCGCAAGAGCAUCGCUGCUCCUUUGAGGACGAUGUUACCGCGGCCGCAAUGGAGAAGGUUCAGCCAACUGCAUGCCCACACUGAGGCUCUGAAUGCCCUUGAAGGCCGGUCCAAAAUCAGACCUGAAGAAGCAACCCUCACUCCAAAGGAGAUGAACCCGGUGUUCAAACAAUCUCAGGAAGAGGAUAAUUCUGCUCGUGCACCUGAUACUUCCAUGAUAUCCAUAUCACGCUCAGCUCACAAGGCAAAGCCAGCAGCAAUGUCUGGGAUGGAGCAGGUAGUGGCCAGCAAUGAGGGUCUUUCACACGGCUCUCCUGUUGAGCAUGCCUCAGAAGAUGAGGGCGAGCCUACCAUCGAUUCGAUCCUUGCGUCUGAAGAUCUUAAUAUGAGGUCGAUUUACAUUCCUGGAUUGAUGGCCGCAGUCACUCCAAUAGAAGAAGGCCAUGUGUCAUCUACAACGCAGACAAUGCAGCCUAUUAUUGAGGCUCGAACCAGCUCCAGAGCUGCGGCACUGGAGCGACACGGUGUGUCGGUGAGCACAGAUGAACACGAUGAUCACAACGAUGGUAUUGGGCGAGUCGGCGCCGCCAAGGCCUCUUCUGAAGCAGCACAUGCUCUGCCCACGACAGAGGACCAAAAUCUCGUAAAACCCUCUACGGAAGCCCUCAAUCGGGAGAAAGGCAGACUAUUUGAUGCGCCAUCCAGGGAGGAGAAGCUGUCUUCGAACUUUGGGUGCAAUCCCACUGAACCGAGCCAAGCUGUGGAAACCCAGGCUCAGCACCAGCCGAGAUCUCAGGAUCUUAACCAGGUCGAAUCAUCAAUACAUACCGAGCCAACCCAUGCUCAGCGCGACUCGUGGACAACCUCUCAAGUGGAUUCUCAUGCUGAGACCGCGGUAGGCACACGAACAGAAUCUCACAUCGACUCCCAAGCCGAGACCCAGGUUGGCCCCGAAGCUGAGCACCAUGACAAUGUCGAAGACACGCCGCGCAAGCUGAAGAGACAGAGCUUGUGGAUUCUGCAAAUGUUACAAGACGCAGGGGGCGACGGGGCUCGAAGUAUCCAGAUCCACCGCAGGCAAAGUCGCAGAGGAACUUGGGACGGGAAGAUUUAGGGACUGUUCGUCCUGAUGGUACAAGUCAGACACACACAAAACCUAAGCGUGUAUCUGGGAUGCGGAGACUUGGGGCGCGGCUCAGCCAGUGGCUUCAUUGAUGAGUUGCCAGUGUUAGGAUAAAUAAAUUGAUCAACAUCAC